GAUACAAACAGACCUCGAGCAGCAUCUCAGUGUCCAGUAUUCCUUAUUUAUACCCUGCUAUUAUACACAGGUGUGAGUGUAUGUGUGUGUGUGUGAGAAAGGGAAAGGAUGCAGACCCCACAAGACAGUCUUACCAAACAGUGGCAGCAGCAGGCAAGGGCCCUCAGUAGAGAAGCUAGAGGAGAGGGCCUAAAUCUAGGGAAGAAGGUUAGUGUACCAAAGGAUGUGAUGAUCGAGGAGCUGAACUUGACAUCAAACAGAGGCUCCAGAAUGUUCCAGGAGAGGCAGAAAAGAGCGGAAAUGUUUACAGUGGAGAACACAGCUGAUGCACCCAUUAUGAUCUAUGAUGGCCUAGAUCAGAAGCAAAGCCAGAACCAGGCACAGUCAGCGUCACAAGCUUAUGGAGGGAAGGAGAACAUGGCGCACCCUAUUGCUGGUUACUCUGGCCCUCUAAAAGAAAUUCCUCGUGAAAAGUUCAAUAGCACAGUAAUUCCCAGAUCCUACUGCUCACCAUGGAGAGAGGCAUUGGGGAACAACGAGGAUCUUCUGACUUCCUUUAAUCCACAGCUCCCUCAACCAGAGAAAUUUCAGCCUGUUAACUACAGAUGCUUCAACAGAGCUGCAAUGCCAUUUGGGGGUCCCGUGCAAAGUAAGAGGGUGAUCCCCAUAAUUGGCUUUGAGGUGCUGGAGUCCCAGAAAAUGCCAGGCUCACCAGUGGACAGGAUGGUGAAACGUCCCAACUUCAACAGAGCACCUCGCGGAUGGGCUAACACAUACCUACCUGAAUCGAAUGAACUCUGAACCUAUCAGGGCCAAUCGGCCAUUUGCCUGCCAUUUACCUGUAUAGACUGUGGCACACUAUUCAGAUGCCUUUCCAUUGUAGUCAGUGUUUUGAUUUGCUGCAGUUGGCUGAGACUUUGGCUAACUUUGGAUUUUGCCGCAGUUUGGAUUUUAUCACCAAUGGUACACAAUGUUAUACAAUAAGAUUAAUAUCAGAGAUACAGGUUAUGGAAAACAAAAUGUUACAUUAAAAAAGAAGCUGAGAGGUAGUGUUGCACAGAAUGUCCAUAUGUCUGCCACACCAAUAGUAGACUUGUGGUUUACACCUUUAGAGAUGUGUUUGUUUGUUCUAUUUGUGUAUUUGUGUACAGUGAUAAAUGAAAUGAACUUAAACAGACUAGACCAGUGGUUCUCAAACUGUGGUACGCGUAAUAAUCUCCAAUAAUUGCCAGAUAAUCUCGGAAAAGUAAUUACAUGCACCGAAAAAAAAAAUUAAUAAUAAUAAAUACAAAAAUAACAAAAUGUGUAAAUUACUAAUAACAUUCUUAUAAUUCUGUUUUAAUAAAAUCAGUUUAAUUAAAACA